GCUGCGAGAAAGCGGGGAAUGGUGGAAUACUUCCUCAAACAGUAAAGAUUUCUAUUGCAGUAGCCUAUAUCUACUGCAGAGCGCAAGUGCCGAACAGAAGGUCAGCAAACUUUAAAAGGAAACCACUGAACACGAUUUUAAAGGGUUCUGUCUUCGUAGGAGGCUUCUGGGUGAGCGUUCAUCAUGGCGCCAUUCCUGCGGAUCAGCUUCAAUGCUUUUGACGUGGGGGUCUUGCCCCCCCUGACUGAUGCGCCGUUCUGCGCCGUCAAGAUGAAGGAGUCCCUCAGCACCGAGCGGGGGAAAACCCUGGUGCAGAGGAAGCCCACCAUGUUCCCAGCCUGGAGGUCCUCUUUCGACGCCCACAUCUAUGAGGGUCGUGUCCUACAGGUGGCUCUGAUGAAGACCGCGGAGGAGCAGUUGGCCGAGGCCACUGUGGGCGUGUCCGUGCUGGCGGAGCGCUGUAAGAAAGCCAACGGCUCGGCUGAAUUCUGGGUAGAUCUUCAGCCUACCGGGAAGGUUCAGAUGACUGUUCAGUUCUUUGUGGAGGACACGGACACAGCAGCGUUUAAGUCGACAGUGAAGGGGCGUCAGGAUGAGGAUGGUGAAGGGGUGAUGACACUGAACCGAAGGAGGGGAGCAAUAAAACAGGCCAAGGUCCACUUCAUCAAGAACCACGAGUUCACCGCCACCUUCUUCGGACAGCCCACCUUCUGCUCUGUCUGCAGGGAGUUUGUCUGGGGACUCAACAAGCAAGGCUACAAGUGCAGACAAUGCAACGCCGCGAUCCAUAAGAAAUGCAUCGACAAAAUAAUUGGCAGGUGCACGGGGACGGCAGCCAACAGCAGAGACACUAUGUUCCAGAAGGAGCGCUUUAAGAUUGACAUGCCACAUCGCUUCAAGACCCACAACUACAUGAGUCCCACCUUCUGUGACCACUGUGGCAGUAUGCUGUGGGGAAUGGUCAAGCAAGGCCAGAAGUGUGAAGACUGUUCUAUGAACGUCCAUCACAAGUGUCAGAAUAAAGUGGGUAAUCUCUGCGGAAUCAACCAGAAACUUCUGGCUGAGGCCCUCAACCAAGUUAGCCAGAGAUCUUCAAGACGAUCUGAAUCCAACAGCUCUGAGUCAACAGACAUAGGAAUCUACCAGGACUUCAACAAAAGCCCAGGAGUAGACCUUAACGAAGGCUAUGAAAAGCUGUGGGAGGGUGGUAAGAGCCUUGUCCCUACCAACAAGCCCCGCCUCACCAUCGACAACUUUGUGUUCCACAAGGUGCUGGGGAAGGGCAGCUUCGGAAAGGUCCUGUUGGCUGAGCUGAAGGGACGAGGGCAAUUCUUUGCUGUAAAGGCCCUGAAGAAGGAUGUGGUUCUGAUGGAUGACGACGUGGAAUGUACCAUGGUGGAGAAGCGAGUCCUGGCUCUGGCAUGGGACAACCCCUUCCUAACACACCUCUACUCCACCUUCCAGUCCAAGGAACACCUGUUUUUUGUGAUGGAGUACCUGAAUGGAGGAGACCUGAUGUUCCACAUACAGGAUAAGGGUCGCUUUGACCUCUACAGAGCCAUGUUCUACUCUGCAGAGAUCAUAAUUGGACUGCAGUUUCUCCACUCCAAAGGAAUAAUUUACAGGGACCUGAAGCUGGACAAUGUGAUGCUGGACAAGGAUGGCCACAUUAAGAUUGCUGACUUUGGGAUGUGCAAGGAAAAUGUGUUUGGAGACAAUCGGGCCACCACGUUCUGUGGGACACCAGACUAUAUCGCUCCAGAGAUCCUGCUGGGACAAAAAUACACCUUCUCUGUUGACUGGUGGUCAUUUGGGGUGCUGUUGUAUGAGAUGCUGAUUGGCCAGUCGCCCUUCCAGGGUGAUGAUGAGGAUGAGCUGUUUGAGUCCAUCAGAAUGGAUGUGCCUCAUUACCCUCGUUGGAUAACCAAGGAGGCCAAAGACCUGCUGGAGAAGCUGUUUGAAAGAGACCCCAGUCGCAGACUAGGGGUGGUGGGCAACAUCCGUGGACACUCCUUCUUCAAGACCCUGAACUGGAUGGCCCUGGAGAAGAGGGAAGUGGACCCCCCAUUUAAACCGAAAGUGAAAGCCCCCAAUGACUGCAGCAACUUUGAUCGGGAGUUCCUGAAUGAGAAACCCCGCCUCUCCCACACAGACAAGAAUCUGAUCGACUCUAUGGACCAGGCAGCCUUUGCCGGCUUUUCGUUCAUCAACCCCAAGAUGGAUGGCAUGACAAAUGUCAAAUGAAAAUAAAACGUGACUUCCUCAUCUCUCUGGAUGGAAGGAAGGGAGGAAGGUUGGAAGAAGGGAGAUGGGAGGGAGGGAAGGAUAGAGAGAAAGAAAGAGAGAGAUAGAAAGAAAAAAGCAAGGAAGGAGGAGUCCAGUGUUGCAUUUAUUACUGUGGAGGGUCCAAUCAAUAUUGGUGUCGUUCUUUUCCUUCUGAUCAAACCUUGAAUAAAUAUGAAUCAGUCCGUGUACUGUACCUUAUAUACCAAGGCACUCACAGCUCAGGCUGUUUAAUAUGUUGCAUGCUGGGACAUCAGGGAUCAAAUGUGGCUCAAAUAUUACACGCCUGUGUUCUUCCUCUACUGUGUGUGUGUGUGUGUGUGUGUGUGUGUGUGUGUGUGUGUGUGUGUUUUAGCACUCACUGUGCGAAUCUCUAGGAAUGUCCCCCUAGCUGUACUAGCUACUUGGUUUUGGAGUCACAUGCUGGUGCCAGUUAUGAAUUGUCUUUAUGAAAAAAAUAUCUGUAGAGGGUAAGCUAAUUGUAGACCACCCAAGAAACAGGACCAGUAGAGGAUGCUCAGAUUAACGCAGGCAUGGAUGGUCUCACUCACCUUUUAACUUCUGUAUUUGUCUGCCCAUACACAUGAUAUAAAGCAAAAGAACCAACCCCUAUGACACUGAUUCCUAACUGAGUGAGUGUGAAACUGUGAGUGGUACAUCUCAAUGGAGGAAGUCUUAGUAAUGGUACUGCACAGCGAUUAAUGGAUAUUGUAUGUGUUGGAGGGAUUCCUUUCGGAAAAGGAUUGAUAAUUGGGCCUUGCGCUACUUGAAUGUAGGUUUUGUAACAAAAUUAUAAUGUAUAUGAAGUAAAAGUAUAUGUAUAUUGUCCUAAACAGAUAUUUGGUUUGCUAUGGAUUCAGACAAUUUUUUUUUUACUGUUUUCAUGUUUUACAUCUGAUUCUAAAUAAACAUGAAGUUAACUCCAAA